AUGGUAGAAGUACUUGUGAAAAAAGAGUCAAAUGAUAAAUCACGAUUUUAUUGUAAAAAAACAUUUCAUUUUGUGAUAAUUUCGGCUACUAUGGGUGCAAUUAUGUUCUCCUUGAUUUUCAGUAACUCUCUUAAAUCAAAUCUAUUAUUUUUACAAAAUAGCAACAUAUUAAAUGUUAACAGAGCAACACUCAGUUUUGCGAAAAAGAACAUAUUCAGUAAUCAAAUAGCAAUAUCCUAUUUACGGCGACAAAAACAUCAAUAUUCCUCUAAAUUUCACUGUACCGGGGCUGGAAACGAUAUUAAUGAAUGGGAAUAUCGUCUUUGUAUAUUUAAAAAUACAUGCUAUAACAAAGAUACUGGUCGAUUUGAGUAUUUUCGAUUAGCUCAAAGUAAACCAAAACCAAUUUUUUAUGACUCAGCUAAAGGUAUGUUAUAUCAGUUCAGUACAAAUAAUAAUAAAACUGGAUUUGUAUCACUUUCGAUGGGUGGAGGGACACCAUUUACACCAGUUAUUGUAGAUAUAACAUAUCCAACAAAACACUUCACAAGACUUCAUCAAUUACAUAGUCUUUUCAAAACUCGUUUUGCUCCUGUCAAUAUUGGACAUGGAUUGUGGGAAGAGUUUGGAUCUAUCUCAUAUUCGAUGGAACGAAUGAAUAUAGCUGAUCGGAAAUUAGUUAUUAUGCAUUUAAAUAAAACAGCAAAUACAACUCUAUUCCGCACAUAUUAUCAAUAUGUAAUAGGUGCAUUAACAGAUAAUCCUAUGGUAGAAUUUGAGGCAUAUAUGAAAUCUUUCAAUACAAAAUAUGUAUGUUUUGAUAAUUUACUUGUUGGAGGACACAUGAUUAUUUUCGAAAUAAUACAAAUAAAAGAAAAUCAUGGACGUGAAGCACUUUUCUAUAAUUGGAGAUCAAAAAUUAUAAAAUAUAAUGGAUUUGACCCUAAUUUUAUUCCGAAAAAGCAUCAUAUUAUCAUUACUAAUAAAUCACAUUCUGUAAACAUGCGUUCUGGUUCAAAAAGACAUCGUGCAAUUGUGAACUUGAAAGAAGUAGAAACAUUCAUUAGAACUACUUAUCCGAAUAUAUCUACUGAGGUAAUUGAAUGGCAUACUAUUCCAUUUGAUAAACAGAUUGAGAAACUAUUACAUACAACUAUUUUAAUUACAUCAUGUGGUGGUGUAUCAUUAACACUACCGAUGCUACCACAUGGUGCACAUGCAAUAGUAAUGGAUUAUUAUGUUACUGAUCCACUGCAAGGUUUUAAUAUGGGUGAAAGUGGUACAAUGGAUGGUGCAUUCUUAAAUCAUAUUUCUCAUGUUCGAAAACAAUAUUAUCAGAUCUAUGGACGAAAGGAAUAUGAGUUUGAUUAUGCAAGAGGUGGUGAUGCCCGAAACCAAGCAUCUAUUAUUGUAAAUAUGGCACGUUUAAAAUUACUAAUUGAUAAAGCUUUAGAAGAAAUGGAACUUUAG